CACAUUAACUCCGUGAACAAGUGCUGGCCUUAAAGGAAAAUAGAUUAAAGUAUUCAACAACAAACCGACUGUAGAACAAUUGGCAAUAUAACAAAGUUAAUAAAUAAUCUUAGCAAUGGUUUUCGAUAGCUCGACGGAAAAGCCAAUAAAGCCGAGCAGCUUUGGAGCUCGUCAUUGGCAGGCGAUUCUUCUCUUUGUGGGAAUGAUGAUCAACUAUUUCCAGCGUGUCAACAUCUCGGCUGCCAUUGUGCCCAUGACUUCUCCAACCACUGAUGCUCCAUACUAUCAAUGGGAUACGUCUCAGAAAUCCAUGAUACUGAGCAGCUUCUUCUGGGGUUACGUUCUCUCCCAAGUGCCCUCAGGUUUGCUGGCAAAGCGUUUUGGCGCCAAAUAUGUGAUAAGCUUGUCUACAGCCGCCGGAGGCAUCAUGUGCUUCUUUCAUCCCAUGGCAGCCAAAGGUGGUUGGGUCAACGUUUGUGUUCUCCGUGUGCUGACGGGAUUGGUCCAAGGCAGUGUCUAUCCCUGCUUCCACACCUUACUGUCCAAGUGGGUGCCAUGCACGGAGCGAGGAUUUCUUACAACUGGCGUCUACUCCGGAGCACAAUUCGGCACCGCGGUCAUAUUGAUCAGUAGUGGCAAUAUAUUUGAGUCCAGCAUAGGCUGGCCGGGUUUAUUCUACAUUUCCGGUGCUCUUGGCCUGGCCUGGGCAGUGCUCUUCUUCUGGCAGGGAGCCAAUGAGCCUGCAACAUCCCAGAGCAUCAGCAAAGUCGAAAGGGAUUACAUUGAAAGUCUAACGGGCAGCAACAACAGCAGUCAAUCCUUGGCUGUACCUUGGAAGUCCAUCUUCACUUCGGGCGCCUUCUAUGGUCUACUGGCUGCCCACUGUGGCUUCACCUGGGGAUUCUACACACUGCUCACUGAGAUACCCACCUAUAUGAGCAGCGUGCUCAAACUGGAUGUCAAGUCGAAUGCUCUGCUCUCCUCGUUGCCCUACUUUGCCAUGGGAGUGCUCUGCUUUGUGGUCAGUCCCAUCUCUGACCUGCUCAUCAAUCGGGGCACCAUCUCCGUAACAGCGGCCAGGAAGCUCUUCAACUCAAUUGGUCAGUGGGUGCCCAUGGGCUGUCUCAUUGGACUGGGAUACAUGACGGCGGAUGAGAAGACCGGAGCGAUUGUUCUGCUGACCUUGGCUGUGGGAAUUAAUGCUGCCUGCUUCUGUGGCUAUCUGGUUAAUCACAUGGAUUUGUCGCCCAAUUUCGCUGGUCCCAUGAUGGGUGUCACCAAUGGUCUGGCAGGUGUGACGUCCAUUAUUGCGCCAUUGAUUGUCGGGGUCAUUCUCUCGGAUGAGGAGGAUCCAACUCAAUGGCGUUGGGUUUUCUUUAUCACCGGUGGCAUUUAUCUGUUAUGCAAUGCGCUAUUUGUUAUCUUUGGCAAGGCCACAGUACAACCUUGGAACGAUGCACCCAGCAUGUCCAGUACAAUGACCUUACGUAAGAAUAUUCAGACUGACUCAAGAACCUCAGCACCCACAGAAGCCAAAGAAAAUCAGUUCUGAGUGGUUAUCCAUAAAAACUGUUAACAAUCUCGUUAAGUUUAAAUUAAACAAAGUCUUCAAUUUGGUGAUUAUCCUAUAAGCUUAAGUUAAUAUAAUUAUAUUUUUAUGGCGUGACAUUUUUAAUAAAAACCAAGAACUAAUAUA